UCUUUUCUCCCAGGAUAUUACAGUCGUGUCUCCGGAAAGAGUCCUGGUGACCCAGCAAAACCAGUUUCAUCUCCCAGAGAAUGGGAUCCUUCACAUCCUUCCUCCACAGACAUGGCCUUAGUACCUAGAAAUGACAGCCUUUCCCUGCAAGAGACCAGUAGCAGCAGCUUCUUAAGCAGCCAGCACUUUGAAGACGAUGACAUUUGCAACGUGACCAUCAGUGACCUGUACGCAGGGAUGCUGCACUCCAUGAGCCGCCUGUUGAGCACAAAGCCAUCAAGCAUCAUCUCCACCAAAACGUUCAUCAUGCAAAACUGGAACUCCAGGAGGAGGCACAGAGGUAAGAGCAGGAUGAACAAAACGUAUUGCAAAGGAGCCAGACGUUCUCAGAGGAGCUCCAAGGAGAACUUUGUACCCUGCUGUGAGCCUGUGAAAGACACAGGAGCAAUCAGAGAUUGCAAGAACGUAUUAGAUGUUCCUUGCCAUAUGACAGGUUUAAAAUUGGAAAAAGCUUUUCUUGAAGUCAACAAACCCCAAAUCCAUAAGUUAGAUCCAAGUUGGAAGGAGCUGAAAGUGACACCCUCGAAGUAUUCUUCCUUGAUUUAUUUCAACUCCAGUGCAACGUAUAAUCUUGAUCAGGAAGAUAGAUUUAGGACAUUAAAAUGGUUAAUUUCUCCUGUAAAAAUAGUUUCCAGACCAAGAAUACAACAGGGCCAUAGAGAGAACCGUCAGAGGGAGAUUGAAACGCGAUUUGAUCAGCUUCAUCGGGAAUAUUGCUUGAGUCCCAGGAACCAGCCUCCCCAGAUGGGCCUCCCAGACUCCUGGGCCAUGAACGUGUACAAAGGGGGUCCUGCGAGUCCUGGUGGCCUUCAGGGCUUAGAAACCUGCAAGCUGAGUUUACCUUCCAGCAAAGCAAAAGCAAGAAGUUUAAGCGAGGCUUUUGAAAACCUGGCCAAAGGAUCUCUGAAAGCGGGUAGGUGCCUGCCCAAGAGCAAUUCUUCUUCACUUCCAAAGGCCAACCCCACACACAGCCCAGCUCGCCCGCAACAGACCUCUGAUCUUCACGUUCAAGGGAACAGUUCUGGAAUAUUUAGAAAGUCAGUGUCACCCAUCAAAACUCUUUCAGGCCCAGAUAAAGAAGUGCUAGGCCACAGAAGGAAUCGUUAUGAUGAAAUUAAAGAAGAAUUUGACAAGCUUCAUCAAAAGUACUGCCUCAGAUCUCCUGAGCAGAUGAAGGCGCCUUCAUGUAUUGGAGUGUCUACAGGUAAAGCAAGUAUGGAAGUUCGGUAUCAAACAGAAGGCUUCUUAGGAAAAUUAAAUCCAGACCCUCACUUCCAGGGUUUCCAGAAGUUGCCAUCAUCACCCCUGGGGUGCAGAAAAAGUCUACUGGGCUCAACUGCAAUUGAGGCUCAUUCAUCUACAUGUGUUGCUCGUGCCACCAAGAGGGACCAUCAUUUCCCUGCAAAAAGACCCAGGCUGUCAGACCCCCAGGGCUCUGGAUGCCAGGCCAGUUCCCAGGGUGCCUCAGAUGGGGUAGUCAACAUCGUAAGACCGGGAGACCAGGGCAGCUCUUCACAGCCCAACUCAGAAGAGAGGAAGAGGAAAGAACACGUCUUACAGGAUGGAAGAGAAGUGAUUUUGUGCUAGAAAAAUCAAAACUAAAAGUGUGCAGCUAGGUAAUUUUGAGUGUUAUUUCUCUUCCCACUUGCUCUCUGUUUGUAUUUUUGUUUUUAAUUCUUGAGACUGUGAGGACUUGGUUGACUUCUCUGCCCUUAAAGCAAAUAUUAGUGAAAUUGGCUCCAUCAGAGAUGACCCUCGAGUUCUUGGUGUAGAAAUUAUGUGAAUAAAGUUGCUCAGUUAGA